AUGUCGCUCGUUCGUAAGAUCUGCCUCGUCAUAUGUUUUUUAUUCUCUAUAGCCGUUGCCGAUCUCGUUCACCUCGGGCAAUAUGACUACGGGUUUAAUGCUGAUGUCCGCCUUCGAAAACGGGAUCCCGUCCAGUCCCGUAUCGUCACUGGCGUUCCCCGUCUCGAUGGCAAAGCACAGCCGCGGCCAGAUAUUCGAGACUUGCAGAAGGAUGAAGACAAGUGGAACUUGUACAUCCUCGCUCUCAGUUGGAUGCAGUUCACCGAUCAAGAGAAACCUUUCUCGUGGUACCAGAUUACAGGCAUUCAUGGUGCUCCAGCACUGACAUGGGCAGACGUCGAUCCGACUCCUGGCAAUGAGCAUAGCGGGUACUGUACUCAUGUGUCUAUUCUCUUCCCCACAUGGCAUAGACCCUACCUUGCUCUAUACGAGCAAGUAUUGUACAAUAUUGUUCAGUAUAUUGCCUCGCUAUAUCCACCAGAUCGUCGGGGUCGCAUUCAGGAAGUUGCAACAGCUUUUCGAAUUCCAUACUGGGACUGGGCCGCCGUUCCACCAGAGGGAGUUAGUGUCCUCCCGCUGAGUGUUGGUGGUUCACCAUCUAUCAAUAUAUCCGGGCCAAAUGGUAUCCAAACAAUCGCAAACCCCUUAUUCAGCUACGUAUUCAGGCCAUUUAACGCAUCGACUUUUCCUGACUUUCCAUACAACACAUGGACAGAGACAAAGCGAGCACCACGUCCAAUAAACAGUGCUAACGCAACAUCUAAUAAUUCAUUCGUGGCACAUGCGCUAGACGUCCAUCUGCCAAGUUUCCAACAACGUUUAUAUAACCUGUUCUCUAAUUACCCAAACUAUACGACCUUUAGCAACGAAGCUUGGAUUCCUAAUGGAAACAAUGGCACCUACGAUUCCGUCGAAUCUCUCCAUGACGCAAUCCACACCGUAGGAGGGGGCGUUUAUGGACAUCUUGCCAUCAUAGCUUAUUCGGGAUUCGAUCCACUCUUUUGGCUACAUCAUACCAAUGUCGACAGGAUCUUUGCAAUGUGGCAAUUGCUUCAUAACGACACAUAUGUUGCUCCUCAAUCUGCUGUUUACUCUUCCCAUACAACAUCUCCGGGAGAAAUCGAAGACUCUCAGACUCCCCUUACACCAUUCUUCUCCAAUGAAACACAUUUCUGGACAUCAGAUAUGGUCCGAGACCAUGAGAUCUUCAAUUAUACCUACCCCGAGGUAGUCAACAAGAGUCGCACGGAACUUGUUACCACUAUCAAUAGGCUUUAUGGAAACUUCAGUCCGUCUGCUAUGCUCACGAGGCCAGGUGGGAGUCACCAACAUGGCAAGAAACAUGAAACAAAUAUAAGUAGCCGGGGCCUAUACGCAGCGAAUGGGUUAUCUUGGAAUAGUCAAACAUCGGCUCGUCCUGCCAUGAAUACCGUUUUCGUCAAUGGAAGGUAUCGUGAGUGGAUUGCAAACAUAAGAGUCAAGAAGCACGCAAUGGGUGGUUCCUUUUCCAUCCACCUUUUCAUAGGAGAAGUCCCAUCUGACCCGCUGUCAUGGCCGAUAGCCCCCAGCCUAGUCGGCACGCUAGGAGUCUUCGCCCAUAGAGGCAUGCAUAGCAUGCACUCUGAUCGAAAGAUUACAGGAACGGUUCCAAUGACCUCGGCGUUGAUGAAUUUGGUGGCAUCUGGACAGGUGCCGAGUUUACAUACAGAUGAUGUUGAACCGUUCCUUAAGUCUAAUCUCGAAAUACGAAUUUCCCUCGCCAAUGGCAAGACAGUCGAUGUUCAUGAAGUAGACGGGCUAUAUAUACAGAUUGUUAGCUCGAUGGUAAAGGCGCCGAGAUCAGAAGACGUACUUUCGGAAUGGGGUAAAAUCGAACCUCAUUUUGAUCUAUUUUCAUAA